UCGUCGCAGAGAGACCAUGGCAUGCUACGGGAUGACUUCGGUUGGCCCGGUGUUGGCCGCCAUAAAUAACGUGCCUGCAUUAAGCCAGCGUAUCGAAACCAAGGAGGCAAGGACGAGACAUUGUCGAACUUGGAAGGCAUGAAGGCUAAGUACGUGCGCAAAGCAAUCGCCUCACUUUCAAUAUUCCCGUUCAUUGCAAUACACGAUCCGUUUGUGUAAGUGGAAACCUCACAUUCCUUGCUCGCUUCCACAACAUACAUUACCUACACGCGGCGUCUGCACUCAAACGCGCAACAUGAAGUUCGUAGCCAUUCUUUGCACGGCGGUGGCUGUUAUGGCAGCACCACACACCAUCACUAGUCGGGGAGAUUUCGCCGUGAAGGACACUCACUCCGUCCCGCCACAAUGGAAGAAGCUCCGUAAAGCGCCAGCGGAUCACACCAUAUCUUUGCGCAUCGGUCUCACACAAGCCUCUUUCAGUGAGCUCGAGAAGCGCCUCUUCGAAGUCUCGGAUCCGGCAAAUGAACGGUACGGGCAGCAUCUGUCAGCCGAAGAGGCUCGUAACCUGGCUAAGCCGUCCGCUGAAGCUCUCUCUGCUGUACACGACUGGCUUCAUGACAGCGAUGUUCGUCCUGACACUCUCACCUACAGCCCAUCUCGGGACUGGAUCACCGUGGCGCUUCCAGUCGCGAAGAUUGAGCAACUGCUAAACACCGAGUAUCAUGUCUACGAGAACGACGAGGGCACCAAGCUUGUACGAACCCCAGAAUACAGUCUUCCACGAGGCUUGCAUCGGCACAUCGACGUGAUCCAGCCAACCAACUACUUCGGCCACCCCAAAGCUAUGGCUCAGACUCUGAGGGUUGUAGACGCGGACAUUGAACCACACCUUGACCUCACGCCGCCAGACUACCCGUGGCAUCGGACAAAGCCGUUGUCUCCGUACAGCACUGCCAAUCUGUCGGCGGUAUGUGAUGAAUCUGCUGUGACCAAUCUCUGCCUACGCACACUGUACAGAACCGUAGACUAUGUGCCGCAAGUACCGGAGCUCAACUCGGUGGCGAUGACGGCGUACCUCAACGAGACCGCUAACAUCUCCGACUUCCAUGUCUUCUUGUCGAGACAAAGGAAAGACGCUUCGCUCAACUAUACAUACAACUACACGACUAUCAAUGGUGGGAUCAACUUCCAGUCACUCGAGACGACAUACUACGAUCAGCGUGAUAACGAGGCAAAUCUCGACGCUCAGACGAUUGGUGGGUUUAUUUACCCAACCGACUUCCGUGUCUACUCAACCGGAGGCUCUCCACCGUACACCCCAGAUAUCAGCACACCUACGAACACCAACGAGCCAUACCUCGAGUGGCUUGCUUACAUGCUAGCGCUGGACUCUCCGCCCCAUACCAUCUCUACCUCGUACGGAGACUAUGAGCAUACAGUGCCAUAUAGCUAUGCUCUGCGGGCUUGCCAGGAAUUGGCCCAGCUCGGCGCGAGGGGAGUCUCGGUUGUUUUCAGUUCUGGCGACGCUGGAGUUGGACCAAAUGGUACGUGCUCCUCCAAUGAUGGCACGAACACGCCGAUGUUUCUACCCACCUUCCCAGCUUCUUGUCCGUAUGUGACAACAGUCGGCGGUACCCGGAACUUAAGCCCGGAAGUUGUUGCUUACGACGUACUGAAUGACUACGUCUCCGGUUCUGGCCUAUCAAAUUACUUCCAGCGGCCUUCGUACCAGAACGCGGCAGUGAAGAAGUAUCUUAGCAGCAUCGGCAGCCUGCAUGCGGGUUUAUACAACACUUCCGGUCGCGCCUACCCUGAUAUAUCCGCCCAAGGCUACCACUACGUUGUCGUGUACGCAGGGCUCAAUGCAAUUCUUGAUGGCACAUCAGCCUCCGCGCCCACUGCGACCUCAGUGCUGACUCUGGUCAACGACGCGCUCAUUGCGGCCGGCAAGUCGCCCUUGGGCUUCCUGAAUCCGGCGCUCUACAGUACGCUGUAUCACGGCUUCAACGACAUCACCAUCGGUAAUGCAUGGGGUUGCGACACGUCAGGCUUUCCUGCGGGCAAGGGGUGGGAUCUUGCUAGUGGAUUUGGAACGCCGGAUUUUAAGAAGAUCAAAGGGCUCGCGCUGGCGGGAUGGGCAGGCCCGCAUUGAGGAGAGG